AUGCAGGAGAACCCAGGUUCUACAGGUGUGGAUGGAGGAUACGCCAGCAAUGUACCUGCUUUUCUUACUAAACUGUGGACUCUAGUCGAGGACCCAGAAACCAAUAAUCUAAUAUGCUGGAGCACUACUGGCACUAGCUUCCAUGUUUUUGACCAGGGUAGAUUUGCCAAAGAGGUUCUGCCCAAAUACUUCAAACACAAUAACAUGGCAAGCUUUGUACGACAGCUCAACAUGUAUGGCUUCAGGAAGGUGGUGAAUAUUGAGCAGAGUGGGCUGGUGAAGCCAGAGAGAGAUGACACUGAGUUCCAGCAUCUCUAUUUCCUCCAGGGCCACGAGCAUCUGCUUGAACACAUUAAGCGCAAGGUGUCGAUAGUGAAGAGUGAGGAGACCAAGGUGCGUCAAGAGGACUUGAGUAAGCUGUUGUAUGAGGUGCAGGUGCUACGCAGCCAACAGGAGAACAUGGAGAUGCAGAUGCAGGAUAUGAAACAGCAGAAUGAUGUUCUGUGGAGGGAGGUGGUGUCACUGAGGCAGAACCACACACAGCAGCAGAAAGUUAUGAAUAAGAUGAUUCAGUUCCUGUUCAGCCAGAUGCAGUCCAACACUCCCAGCACUGUGGGAAUGAAGAGAAAGCUCCCUCUAAUGUUGGAUGACAGCUGCUCCACCCCUCCUGCCUCCAAAUUCAGCCAUAGUCACUCUAUGGAGUCCUUGCAAGAAUCCUUCUACAUCCAGUCGCCAUCCACAGAAAAUGCAUCCUGCUCCACUAGCAGUGCAAUGGCAGGAGGGCCAGUAAUCUCUGAUGUCACUGAAAUGUCACAGUCUGCCAACAUGGCUUUGCAAAUGCAGACAGAGGAAUCAAGGGAAAAGUGUAUGAUGCUGAUUAAGGAAGAGCCAGUGAGUCCUGGGGUGACGGGACGAGGGGAAGGUCUACAACUUCGAUCCUGUGGGGUGUGUGCUGAGCCCCCUGUCCUCCCUGUUGCCAUGGUACAGUCCGUCCUAGAGGGCAGAGGAUCUAGCAUGGGACAGAGAAGGGCCAAAAGGCCCAUGCCGGAGAGACUAGAGAUACCUGAUGGUGUGGGGAACAUAGACAUGAGCCUGGAGGAUCUACAGCUCCUUCUGAGGAAUCACCAGCAGAGCAUGGAGCCCAAUGCUUCAGAUAUGGAUCCCUUCACAUUUAAUCUGCCUUUGAAUGAGUGGAACUUCACAGAAAUGGACCCAAAUCUCAAAUCAGAGUUGGCUAAUGCACUCGUGCCUGCUGCUGUGUCCCAGUACAUGCUUCAGGGUCAGGAAGGAGAGUCCUACACCACUUCAGGCUAUGAGGAACAAUGACACCCUGAUACAACAGCCAGCACAGAUCCCUUCUGAGAGACAACCAAAGGGACCCUGUUGAAAUCAUGGCAUUUGGAUUGCACAUUAGCAAUACAUCUGAAGAGAAGGCUCCAAUUUAUAUGGACAGCAGACUGGGAGGUGACAUAUCAAAUAAACUUUUACUGGCCUGCCCAUUAUGAAGGUCAUUAU